AAUCCAGCUAUUUUGGGGGAAACUAGUUAUUUUUCAUUAAAAUAUGUCAUUUACGUUAACAUGUAAUGGGUUCGUUACUGUUAUUUUUAAAAGAAGUAAUAUUUUUAAAAACUUACAGUUUUAUUUUAUAGUAUGGUGUCAGUAGAGAUAAUUCACAUAAUCAAAAGCUCUUUGAGAUCCUCAACAAUUUUUAAGAGUGUAAAGGGGUCCUGAGACCAAAACAUUUGAGAACUACUGUUCUGUGGUAUGACUGUGAGAAUAUGUGGCUGAGGAGGGUUGGAGGACAAGACCAUUGGAAGAAAGAAAGUCAAGGAAUUGAGAGUUCAGAGUUCAGAGUAUCCAUCAUGAUGGAUGUGCAGAUCACUAAGAUUUAGGACAAGAGUAGUAUUGGGAGAGAAAGGGUACCAGUUGAGCAUUAAAAUCUUUAAGGAAUGAGCUGUGUUGUAGUAAAUCAUCAGAAAUUUUCAAAAAUGAGUGGAUCUGGAAGGUCACAGUAUACUGGAAAGUACUGGGUUAACUUACUGGCUUGGAAACUUCUUGAUGUACUAGGUAGGAUAAGGCUAAGUUACUAAGGGUAACAGAAAAGCCAACAGUAAUGUGGGUUAAAGAAUUAAGAGUUUAUUUUUUCCCACCUAACAAUUUCAAGGUGAAUUACCCAGUUUGGUGAUGAGGCUGACCCACAUGAUCACUCCAGGGACAAGUUUUUCCCAUUGUAUUAUUUUGCCAUGUUUUAGGGAAUUCAGUCAUCAGCUGGGUUGCUGCCAUGUCCAGGUUUCGUCUGAUGGAAAGGGGAAAGGGAGCGUGGAGGAGGAGGCAUGCCCAGUUUCUUAAUACUCAGGCCCAGGAGUGGCACUGAUUUCUUCCGAACUUAGUCACAAUUGAGGCACCUUGCUGUGACAAACUUUAUACUUGUCGGUUGUGUCAUGAUAACAAUGAAGAUCAUCAGCUAGAUCGCUUUAAAGUAAAGGAAGUGCAGUGCAUAAACUGUGAAAAAAUUCAACACGCCCAACAGACUUGCGAAGAAUGUAGCACAUUGUUUGGGGAAUAUUAUUGCAGUAUAUGCCAUCUCUUUGACAAAGACAAGAAGCAGUAUCAUUGUGAAAACUGUGGAAUUUGUAGGAUUGGUCCAAAGGAAGACUUUUUCCAUUGUUUGAAAUGUAACUUAUGCCUAGCUAUGAAUCUCCAAGGAAAGCACAAGUGUAUUGAAAAUGUUUCCCGGCAGAAUUGUCCAAUAUGUUUGGAGGACAUUCACACAUCCCGUGUUGUUGCUCAUGUCUUGCCAUGUGGACAUCUUUUACAUAGAACGUGUUAUGAAGAAAUGUUGAAAGAAGGCUACAGGUGUCCAUUAUGUAUGCACUCUGCUUUAGAUAUGACUCGGUACUGGAGACAGCUGGAUGAUGAGGUAGCACAGACUCCUAUGCCAUCAGAGUAUCAGAACAUGACUGUGGAUGAAGAUAGAUUUAAAAGAGUAUUUUUUAACUCACCACUUGCCUCAAGAACUCAAACAGUAACAAUUUAUCUGCCUAUGUGCUUCUGUUCACUGCUCCUCCACCCAUUUGCCUAUUUUUCCCAAAGAGAUACUGUUGGCACUGAUCUAAAUUCAAUUAGCAAGUGUCAUAAGAAAGGGCAACAUCAAUGGAAGAAGUGGAUCAAAGCAUUAGACAUGACUGAGCCCAGCAGGAAAGCAGCGCUGACCAUUCUCAAGGUGAAUAAUUAUCCGAAGAAAGGUGAACAAGAACAACACAACCCGUCAGUCGCACACCCAUUUUGGCUCAAUGGGAAGGCUGCAACAAGUGAGCUCAAAUAUUAAUGCCACAGCAAACCA